AAGAGCAAGGCGCCUCCCUCUCGAUCCACCUAGCAAGCUAGCUACAAUAUAAUUGAAGAUGAACUGAGUUAAAAUCAGGCAGGCUCAUCAGAGAUCCUCGACGAUGGCCGCCCUAACCCAAGGCGCCAUUGACGGGCUGCUGGGCGUCCUGGCCAAGGCGAUCACCGACGAGGCACAACUGAUCGGCGGCGUCCCCGGCGACAUGCAGUUCAUCAAGGAUGAGAUGAACAGCAUGAAUGGGUUCCUGCUGCACCUGACCAAGACGGAGGGCCAGCACGACGACCAGGUCCGCGCAUGGAUGAAGCAGGUGCGCGAGAUCGCCUACGUCGCCGAGGACUGCGUCCAGCGCUACAUCCACGACAUGGUCCCGAAUGAAGCUGCUUGUUGUGGAUCCCUGGGCGCCCUUGCCGCCAUGGCGCACCUACUCCUCCUCCACCCCAAGAAGUUUCGUCGGCUCCACAACCUCGGCAAGCAAAUCACUGAGCUCAAGGCCCGCGUGCGCGAUGUCGGCGAGAGGCGGUUGCGCUACGGCGUCACUGUCCCGGCCGGUCCGGACGUCAAGCUGGCGCCAAUGACGCCUGCUGGGCAACAAGAGGAGAAGAGGAAGGCCUUUGUACGCGCACUGGAUCUGGAACUGCAACAAGAUGUCGUCGGCAGCAAAGCAUGGUGGAGGGCCAAGCAUCAGGCCCGGCUUCGUUCAGCUCUCCGCCGAGCGACUGCUGUGGGUGGCCUGCUUCCUGCUGCUCUCCCAUCUGUUGUAUUGAGAUAUAUAUCUUUCAGCAGAGAGAUCGUCGGUCGGCUUCCUCCUCUCGUACAAUCUGAAGCUGCCACGAUGCACACCAUCCUGAAGAAAUGUUCUCGGGAUGACGGCGUCGACGAUGCAGCAGCAUUCAGAUGCACGAAGAAGAUGUUCCUCUGUGCUCUUUUUGCUUACCCUUAUGCCACAAAUCAAGAGCUGGAGAAGCUCAAGGAGAAAUUAGAGGGACGAGCCCAAGAUCCCAAGAAGGAAGUGAUGAUCUUCUGCUACAGCAUGCUGUCCAUGAGCCAGAAGAGUUGCCUGCAGUAUCUAACUGCUUUCCUCCAUGAGACGGAGAUCAGCAGGACAAGCAUGGUCAGGCGAUGGGUCGCCGAAGGGCUCGUAGGUAAAGAACCAGGAGGAGGAGGAGGAGCAGGAGGAGGAGGGACGACUCCAGAAGAAGAAGGCGAGUGCUACUUCACUGAGCUUGCAUUUCGAGGCUUCAUCCGUCCUGCUCGCUUCAGCGAUGCCGGCACGGUCAAGAGCUGUGUAAUGGAGAAGCCAGUCCGCGAUUUCAUUCUCGGCAUCACUGGAAGCGAGAACUUCGAGGUCUCGUUGCCAGCUCACCUCGAACGCCAGCUCAAGAUCCGAGGGAUAGUUCAACGGCUUCAACCGCCGCAGCAAGUGCAACGACGAGCGGCGGAUCAUUGGAGGAAAAUCAUCCCUCCCUGUUGCAAUAACCAUUGCAGCGACAGCGCUUCGCCGGAGGAGGAUCAUCCCAUGGACGCGCUGGUGGAUUUCCUCAAGAAACUCCCUGAGCUAUACCGGCUGAAUGUGCUGGAUUUGGGAGGCUGCAAAGGCCUGAAGAAGCGCCACCUCAAGAGUUUUGGCGAUGUGCUAUGGCUCAAGUAUCUGAGCCUUCGGAACACAGACGUCUCCCACCUGCCUACCUGUCAUAUCAACAAGCUCACAUUGCUGGAGACCCUGGACAUCAGGGGAACAAGCAUACAACCUCAUGACACGAAGAAGAUCAACCUGCCAAAGCUAAAGCACUUCCUCACCGGUCGGUACCUCACGCCAGGCGAGAAGGCGUCGCUCAUCGCCGUGCAAAUGCCUCGCAAGAUCGGGUCGAUGAGGUGCAUGGAGACACUAUCCCACGUCCAAGUCUCCAAGUACGGAACCGAGCUACGAGGAGUUGCGAAGCUGCGCCAGUUGAGGAAGCUCGGUGUGGUCAUCCAUGGCAAUGCUGACAGUACCGCACAUCUGGGUCGAGUGCUGCAUGCGCUGUCUGGAUGCCUGCGCUCAUUGUCAGUUUUCGUCACCACCCAGGGAUGGACUCUCGACGAGGUUUCGUCUUCCUCCACGCAAGAGAUGAUGAUGGGCGCCGCCCCCAGGCCCAGCUUCAUCCUCGAGAACCUAGAUAUCAAGGGAAAGAUCAGCGGCCUGCCUUCAUGGAUCACCAAGGCCCAGAAGCUAGCCAAUGUCACUCUACGUCACACUGAGCUGAGUGGAGAAGAUGCUCUGAGGAGGCUUGCCAGUGUCCUAAGCCUGCGUUGCCUCAAGCUCAACGGCGCCGCAUUCACCGAGCAACAACUCGUCUUCAGGGUUGUCCAGUUCAAAGCUCUCAAGAUCCUCGUCCUCGAGGGUGGCCCCAUCACCACCGUCACCUUCCUCGCCGCCGACGCAGCUCCUGCGCUCGAGAAGAUUGUGUGGGCCAUAGGCAGCAGCAGCAGGGUACGUGAUGGGGAGGACCUCAUCGUUGGGAUCAACUACAUUCCCAAUCUGAAGGCGAUUGAGCUUAGAGGCGACUUCAACACAACGAGACUCAUGGACUGGGUGCAAGACACUGCAGAAUCUACAAGUGAUCCAAGGUAUCGCAUCCGCUACAUGUCCUCUACCGCCCCCGUUGGGAACGAAUUGAUCACUGAGGUCCCAAAAACUGCAAGGCAUACUACCGUAUCAAUUCCGGUUGCCGUUAUCAACCAGCACUAGCUAGCUGGAGUGUCCGUGUGAGGGUGCUGCAUACUAAGUUUGUGGUGAGUCACGGUGCUGGGUCACGAUUUGCUGUUUAAUUUGUCGCGUGUGUGUGUGUGUGAUUGUGUGAUAUAUAUGUAUGUAUAUACGUAUGAUCUGAUUGAGUGAUGCAUGAUAAUAAUUUA